AUGAAAACAAUCAUAGGUCGUACUGUUACAGCAAAUCCAUUUGAGGGUGAGCGUUAUUUUAUGCGGAUAUUGCUAAACCAUGUAAGGGGACCGCUGUCCUUUGAAGAUCUUAGAACAGUCGAGGGUAUUUUGGCCCCCACAUUUCGUGAGGCAGCAACAAUGCAUGGUUUGUUACAAAGAGACAGUAGCUUAGAAGACUGUUCACAUGAGGCAUCUUUAUAUCAAAUGCCAUCCAGUCAAUCUCUUCUACAAUUGAAUCAAUGGGGGAAAAACAUUAACUCUUACCAUCUUCUUGAUGAAGACAUUUCUUUCGAUGGAAAUGAAUUUCAAUCUAGAGAAAUCGAUGAUGAGUUAGGUGUUGAAAUUCCAGAAGAAGAUAUUAGAUCUUCAAUCUCACUUAACAACGAGCAACAACAAGUGUAUAAUGUAGUGUUGGAAAAAGUUUUAUCAAACCAAAAUAUUGCAUUCUUUGUAGAUGGCCCAGGAGGUCGAACAGCUAACUCACGCUUUAAGCUUCCACUUGAUAUUGAUGAAAAACCCACAUGUUGUCCUUCGGUGGAAAGGUUGUUGUUUUCGGGGGAGAUUUUUGACAUGUAUUACCUGUGGUUCGUAAAGGAACUAGACAAGAGCAGAUUUCCAGGUGAAGCCCAGCGAUAUUACAGUGUAGAUGAGACAAUAGAUAAAACUGAGCAAUCAGUUAUGGAAGAUUUCUUAAACACAUUAACGCCUAAUGGACUUCCGCCUUAUGAAUUAUUACUAAAGAAAAAUUGUCCCAGCAUGCUCCUAAGAAACAUUAAUCCUUCAGAGGGACUAUGCAAUGGAACCCAUUUGAUUUGUCGGGCUUUCGAUCGAAAUAUCAUAGAUGCUGUAAUUGCUGUUGGAGAUCAUAUGGGAAAAAGAGUCUUCAUUCCAAGAAUACCGUUCUUACCAAGUGUGAAUGAUAAUAGUGGUUUUCCGUUUGAGCGAACUUAA